AUGGAUAAUAUGUCAUCUCCUUCCAAUUUUCUGCUCCUUCAAUUUUCAGCAGUCUGGGAAUUACAGAUUCUACACUUUUAUCUGUUCCUGAUACUGUAUCUGGCAAUUGUCUUAGGGAAUCUCAUGAUUAUUUCUGCUGUUAUUUUUGAUCAUCACCUUCACACUCCCAUGUAUUUCUUCCUGAUGAACUUGGCCAUUCAGGAUCUUGGCUCUGUUUCUACUAUUAUUCCCAAAUCCAUGGGCAAUUCUUUCAUGAACUCUAGAAACAUUUCUUACUCUGGAUGUGUGGGUCAGGUUUUCUGUUUUGUAUCCUUUGUUGAAUCUGAUUUCUUCCUUCUCACAGUCAUGGCAUAUGAUCGUUAUGUUGCCAUUUGCCAUCCGCUGCACUAUGGGAUGGUGAUGAAUAGACAAGCUUGUGCACAAAUGGUGCUUUGUGCUUGGCUAAUGGGAAUUUUCAAUGGAGCAAUGAAUACUACAGGCACAUUUGCAGUCCCUUUUUGCUCCAAUGUUGUUGAUCAGUUCUACUGUGAAAUCCCACAGUUACUCAAGCUAUCUUGUUCUGAUUCAUACCAACCUGAACUUACUAUUCUGGCAAUCAAUAUUAUGUUAGAGGGAGCUUGCUUUGUCUUCAUCAUCAUAACAUAUGUGCUGAUCUUUACAGCAGUGCUAAGAAUCCCUUCAGUUCAAGGAAGACAAAAAGCCUUUGCAACCUGCCUUCCACACCUCACUGUAUUUUCCAUAUUAAUAUCCACUGGGUGGUUUGCCUACUUAAAACCACCUUCUAAUAUUGCAUCUAGUUUGAAUUUGGCACUGACUAUGAUAUAUACCUUUGUCCCACCUCUGUUGAAUCCUGUGAUCUAUAGCAUGAGAAACAAAGAGCUCACAGUUGCCCUUACAAAAUUAUUUCUUUCAGCAUGUUCUUCUAUAGAAACCUAUUUUAAUGUUUCCAUAUCAUAGUGAGUUUUGCAUUGAUUAACCCUAUUCACUAAGUCUGCAUUACUAUUACUAUUAGUCUUCUCAUUGUUCCUGUCACCCAUCUCCUCCCACUUAUGACUGCAUGACAA